CCGACUCCAUGUUGCGCGGCUGGGUCACCCGCUCGGGAGCGCGCAUGAGCCCGUGAGCGUGCUGUCACUGGCUGAGAGUGUCUGAGGCACAUAAUCAACACUUCAGAGGGUGCUAUCAUGGCGACCUUCCAGGAGUUCAUCCAGCAGAACGAGGACCGUGAUGGCGUCCGUUUCAGUUGGAACGUCUGGCCGUCCAGUCGUCUGGAAGCCACACGUAUGGUUGUUCCGGUGGCAUCACUGUUCACCCCUUUGAAGGAACGUCCAGAUCUUCCUCCGAUCCAGUACGAGCCUGUGCUGUGUAGCCGGGCCACAUGUCGAGCCGUGCUCAAUCCGCUUUGUCAAGUGGAUUACAAAGCAAAACUAUGGGCAUGCAACUUCUGUUAUCAGAGAAAUCAGUUCCCGCCGACUUAUGCUGGAAUAUCGGAGGUCAACCAGCCUGCUGAACUGCUCCCACAGUUCUCCACCAUUGAAUAUGUUGUCCAGCGGGGCACGCAAAUGCCACUGAACAUCUUGUACGUGGUGGACACAUGUAUGGAGGACGAAGAUCUACAGGCGCUGAAAGAGUCUCUUCAGAUGUCCCUCAGCCUGCUGCCUCCCACAGCCCUGGUAGGCCUCAUUACAUUUGGACGGAUGGUCCAGGUGCACGAGCUGGGCUGUGAGGGCAUCUCUAAGAGCUACGUCUUCAGAGGCACCAAAGAUCUCAGCGCUAAGCAGCUUCAGGAGAUGCUUGGGUUGACCAAACCAGCUGCACCACAAGCAGGCAGAGGACCACAACAGCCUCAGGCUCCUCCUUCAAACAGGUUCUUACAGCCAGUACAGAACAUAGAUAUGAAUUUGACUGAUUUGCUGGGAGAGCUUCAGAGAGACCCAUGGCCCGUCACCCAAGGCAAACGUCCACUAAGAUCACUUGGAGUGGCCCUUUCUAUUGCUGUUGGUUUAUUGGAGUGCACUUUCCCUAACACCGGUGCUCGCAUCAUGUCUUUCAUCGGUGGUCCAGCUACUCAGGGUCCAGGCAUGGUGGUGGGAGAUGAACUAAAAAUACCUAUUAGAUCCUGGCAUGACAUUGAGAAAGACAAUGCAAAGUUCAUGAAGAAAGGCACUAAACACUAUGAAGCCUUAGCCAACCGAGCCGCCACCAACGGACACAUUAUUGAUAUUUAUGCCUGUGCUCUGGACCAGACAGGCUUACUCGAAAUGAAGUGUUGCACCAACUACACGGGGGGUUAUAUGGUCAUGGCCGAUUCUUUCAACACAUCUCUGUUCAAGCAAACGUUCCAGAGAGUUUUCACGAAAGACGUGCAGGGCUCCUUUAAGAUGGCACUGGCAGGAACUCUGGAGAUUAAGACUUCAAGAGAGAUUAAGAUUUCGGGAGCGAUCGGGCCGUGCGUCUCUCUGAACGCCAAAGGUCCCUGUGUGUCAGAAAAUGAAAUAGGAACUGGUGGCACAAGUCAGUGGAAGAUUUGUGGACUGGACCCAAGUACAACUCUUGCGUUCUACUUUGAAGUUGUAAAUCAGCACAAUGCUCCUAUACCACAGGGUGGACGUGGAGCCGUACAAUACGUGACCCAGUAUCAGCAUUCAAGCGGACAAAGACGCAUCAGAGUGACCACCGUUGCGAGAAACUGGGCUGACGCUCAGACUCAAAUACAAAGCAUUGCGGCUUCUUUCGACCAGGAGGCCGCUGCCAUUCUUAUGGCUCGUCUAGCCGUUUACAGGGCAGAGACAGAGGAGGGACCUGACGUCCUGCGCUGGCUGGACCGACAGCUCAUCCGCUUGUGCCAGAAAUUUGGAGAUUACCACAAGGACGAUCCCAACUCGUUCCGCUUCUCCGAGACGUUUUCGCUGUAUCCUCAGUUCAUGUUCCACCUGAGAAGAUCUCCUUUCCUGCAAGUGUUCAACAACAGUCCUGAUGAAAGCAGCUAUUAUAGACACCAGUUUAUGAGGCAGGACCUGACCCAGUCUCUGAUAAUGGUACAGCCCAUCCUGUACGCGUACUCGUUCAGCGGACCACCAGAGCCGGUGUUACUGGACAGCAGCAGUAUCUUACCUGACCGCAUCCUCCUCAUGGACACCUUCUUUCAGAUUCUGAUCUACCACGGAGAGACGGUGUCUCAGUGGCGUAAAGCCGGAUACCAGGAGAUGCCCGAGUAUGAGAACUUCAAGCACCUGCUGCAGGCUCCAGUGGACGAUGCCCAAGAGAUUCUUCAGAGCCGCUUUCCUAUGCCACGCUAUAUAGACACAGAGCACGGAGGCAGUCAGGCCCGUUUCCUCCUGUCCAAAGUGAAUCCUUCUCAGACACAUAACAACAUGUACGCAUGGGGUCAGGAGUCCGGCGCGCCUAUUCUUACAGACGACGUGAGUCUUCAGGUCUUCAUGGAUCAUCUCAAGAAGCUGGCGGUGUCCAGUGCUGCCUAGAAAGCCUGAAUAUCCACCGUUGUAACAAUCCUUUGCCUGGCAGCACAAAGUCAGCACAUUAGCAUUGUUGCCUAUUUUCAUUUUACAUUGUGCGUAUAUGAAGCCUAGACCCUAGAAAGUUUAAAAUGAUGAUAAAAAACGGCAAAUUCCACACCCUCUCAACACUACAUACACAUCAUAGCAAACUAUACAUUACUGUUUUUUGACUAAAUUCAGUGUUACAUGUGUAGUGGCCACAUUUAAAUCUGAUGUUUACGAUAACAAAGCUCGGUUAUGAAACCUCAAGUUGAACAGAGGAGGAAACUGGGUCUUGUUUAAGCACACCCGCAGAUGAUAGUUUUGUUUGUCGAGGAGAGUGAACGUGGUGCCGGUGUAGACGAUUAAACGUAAGAGCUUCAACGCUGCCUCUACCCAACAGCACAGAACAAUGCUUUAUUUUUAGACUCCGUACGCAUCCCGCCGACGUUUUCUGUGUCAGUGCCGUCUUUUUCCAAACAGACUUGCGGAAUGUGAAAGCUGCCUCUCCGUCUGCUGCUCUGAUAUUUAUGAUACGUUUGUGGCAGUAUUUGAAUGUUUUGUUUCUAAUAAAAGCGGCUUCAUCACACCA